AUGAUGAAUCAAACAGAACCUUCCCAGGCGGCCAAUUGCGAUCAAAUCCCGAUCAUCGAUCUGACGCAUUUAUAUAGCACAAAUACUGAAGCACGGCAGCAACUCGCCCAGACAAUAUACGAUGCCUGUACUCAAGUUGGAUUCUUUUAUGUCAAGAACCAUGGCAUCCCGGACAAAAUGAUCGAUGGCAUUCACCGUGCCGCAGAACGCUUUUUUGCUCUUUCAGAGAAACAAAAGAUGGACCUCUACAUUGGGAACUCUCAGAAGUUCCGUGGCUAUAGUCCUUUAGAGGGUGAGAAAACAACCGGUACAGAUGACGAUCCCAUAUCCGCCGAAGAAGCCACGGGCGUUCUCUCCGAGGCAUUCGAUAUCGGAUACGACACAGCUUUGGAUUUUCAAAAGUCUCCAGAUGCCACUAUUGGGCCCGAUACCUAUGGAUUAUACGGAGAUAAUCAGUGGCCUGAUGAGAGUACGCUUGCAGGCUUUAAAGGCACAUAUAUCGAAUAUUGUGCCACUGUUUUGGAGUUUUGUCGAAAGCUCAUGAGAAUCUUCGCACUUGCUCUAGACGUACCCGAGGAUUACUUUGAUUCGAAGAUUCAAACACCCGGUGUUACUUCUCGGAUGAUGCAUUAUCCUGCUCAGCCUGUCGGGGAAAUGCGUGAAGGUCUAGGAGCGCAUACGGACUGGGAGUGUUUCACAAUUCUUUCCCAAGGGAAGGUACCAGGUCUACAAGUUUUAAAUAAUCGCGGGGAGUGGAUCCUCGCACCUCCUAUCCCGGGAACAUUGGUUGUCAAUAUUGCCGAUUGCUUGUCAACCUGGACAAACAAGACAUUCAAAUCAACAAUCCAUCGUGUGACAAAUGUUUCUGGCGAGGAACGCUAUUCGAUUCCGUUCUUCUUUGGGAUUGACUAUGAUGCUACCGUAUCUGUCUUGGACAAUCACACCUCAGAAGAUCAUCCACCUUGCAGAGCACCUUUCAAGGCGGGGGAGUGGGUCCGUGAGAAAAUGUCCAAGGCAUAUGUUGGCUAUGAAGGCUAA